AUGUCGCUUACUGUCGCAGCACACCAGUGUAGAGCCCAAGGGAGACAGACCGGCACGGACGCCAUCCGACCCGGAAGGGGCUUGCUUCUGCCGUCACCCAACGGAGACAUCCGCGGCUCAUCGAGCGCCGCACGCAACAUUGCUUUGAUACGGCAGCAAGAUAACAGACGGGCCACGGCUGGACCGCUGCAACGGCGCUACCCUGCCGCUCAUGGUCCGUCGGCGUCCGUCCCUCUGGUCCCAGCUCACCAUUUCGCUGGCCACGUUGCAGCAGGCGAUGCGGAAAAAGGCCAAAAUUGGAAAUCGCCCAAACGGCCUUGCCUUGGAGCGGGGUGGGGUCCAGGCCUGGCGCCUCUGUUCGAGCAAACAGAACGAAACCGCUCGAACGCCGUGUCGAAAAGCGCCGCCAGAGUGUCGCACAGGGUCGACGCGCGUCGACAGGCAAAAGCGUCGGCGCAGUCUGAAAUCAUGCACCUCGGAGUUCUUGGCGCUGCUCCAACUUACCCGCACCAGUCGUAA